CCCCGCGCCGAGGGAGGGAGGGAGCGGGCGGGCGGGCGGGCGCGGAGGCAGGAGCAGCCAUGGCACUCGUGGCCCCGGAGACUCGGAAGUUCACGCGGGCGCUGAGCAAGCCCGGCACGGCGGCCGAGCUGCGGCAGAGCGUCUCAGAGGUGGUGCGUGGCUCCGUCCUGCUGGCAAAACCAAAGCUCAUAGAACCGAUAGACUAUGAAAAUGUCAUUGUUCAGAGGAAAACACAGAUUUUGAAUGAUCCUUUACGUGAGAUGCUGCUGUUCCCUUAUGAUGACUUCCAGACAGCAUUACUGCAGCGGCAGAGUCGAUACAUUCAUUCCACGGUUCCUGAAAAUGCAGAGAAGGAAGCUCAAAGCUUGUUUGUAACUGAGUGCAUCAAAACCUACAAUUCAGACUGGCAUGUUGUUAACUAUAGAUAUGAAGAUUACUCAGGAGAGUUUCGACAGCUUCCAAAUAAAGGGACAAAAUCAGAGAAGCUUCCUGUUCAUCUAUAUGAAGUGGAUGAAGAAGCAGAUAAAGAUGAGGAUGCAGCAUCUCUUGGGUCUCAGAAGGGUGGAAUAACAAAACAAGGAUGGCUGCACAAAGGCAACAUGAAUAGUGCAAUCAGUGUGACAAUGAGAUCAUUUAAAAGAAGAUUUUUCCACUUAAUCCAACUUGGUGAUGGAUCCUAUAAUCUCAAUUUCUACAAAGAUGAAAAAAUCAAAGAACCAAAAGGAUCAAUAUUUCUAGAUUCAUGCAUGGGAGUAGUUCAGAAUAAUAAAGUCAGACGUUUUGCAUUUGAGCUCAAGAUGCAAGACAAGAGUAGUUAUCUUCUAGCUGCUGACAGUGAACUUGAAAUGGAAGAGUGGAUAAACACUCUGAACAAAAUCCUUCAGCUUAACUUCGAGGCUGCAAUGCAAGAAAAAAGAAAUGGAGAGUCUCAUGAAGAUGAUGAACAAAGCAAACUGGAAAGCUCAUCAAGUAGUUUUGAUAACUACUAUCCUGAAAUUGCCAAGAGUACCAGAGAAGCAGAAAUCAAGCUGAAAAGUGAAAGCAGAGUUAAACUUUUUGCCUUGGAUCCAGAUGCACAGAAACUAGACUUUUCUAGUAUUGAACCAGAAGUGAAGCCAUUUGAAGAGAAAUUUGGAAAAAAGAUUCUUGUGAGAUGUAACGAUUUCUUUAAUUUGCAAAGCUGCGUUGCAGAAAAUGAAGAAGGACCAACACAAAUAGAGAGAAAUUUUUCUUUUACUGUCUUUUACAUCUUGUCAGUAGAACCUUUCUUUGUCACAUUGUCACUAUUUGAUAUUAAAAACAACAGGAAGAUUUCAGCAGAUUUCCAUGUUGAUUUGAACCACCCCUGUAGGCACAUGAUACCCAGUGUAUCUCAACAAAUGAUGAAUGGCAGCGGUGAUAGCUUACACAGAAUUCAAGACAUUCAUGAAACUUGUUUACAAUAUCCAAAGCAGGGAAUAUUCUCAGUCACAUGUCCUCAUACUGACAUUUUCCUUGUGGCUAGAAUAGAAAAGGUAUUACAAGGAAGUGUUACGCAUUGUGCUGAACCAUAUAUGAAAAGUUCAGAUUCUUCAAAGGUUGCACAGAAAGUUUUGAAGAACGCUAAGCAGGCAUGCCAGAGAUUAGGUCAAUAAAUGCCUUUUGCCUGGGCAGCUAGGACGCUGUUUAAAGAUGCCUCAGGAACUUUGGACAAAAAUGCAAGAUUUUCUCCUCUCUUCAGACAAGACAGUAAUAAACUCUCAAAUGAAGACAUGCUGAAAUCGUUAGCAGAUUUCAGAAAACCUGAAAAGAUGGCCAAACUUCCUGUUAUUUUAGGAAAUCUGGAUGUUACAAUUGAUAAUGUGUCACCAGAUUUUCCAAAUUAUGUUAACUCAUCAUACAUUCCCAUGAAGCAGUUUGAAAGCAGCACCAAGACACUAACAACAUUUGAAAUAGAGGAGUUUGUUCCCUGUAUACCAAGAUACACUCAGCCUUUCACCAUCUACAACAAUCAUCUUUAUGUUUAUCCAAAGCACUUGAAAUAUGACAGUCAAAAGUCUUUUGCAAAGGCUAGAAAUAUUGCGGUGUGCAUUGAGUUCAAGGAUUCUGAUGAAGAGGAUUCUUUGCCUUUAAAGUGUAUCUAUGGUAGGCCUGGUGGACCAGUAUUUACUAGAAGUGCAUUUGCUGCUGUUCUGCAUCACCACCAAAAUCCAGAGUUUUAUGAUGAGAUUAAAAUAGAAUUGCCCACUCAGUUACAUGAAAAGCACCACUUGUUGUUCACCUUCUACCAUGUCAGCUGUGAUAAUUCAAGCAAAGGGAGUACAAAGAAGAAAGAUGUUGUUGAAACACAAGUUGGGUAUUCUUGGCUUCCUCUGAUAAAAGAUGGAAGAGUGGUCACCAAUGAGCAACACAUCCCAGUGUCAGCAAAUCUUCCAUCAGGCUAUCUUAGUUAUCAAGAAGUGGGUGUUGGAAAGCAUUCUGGUCCUGAAAUUAAAUGGGUAGAUGGAGGCAAACAACUGUUAAAAUCCACUCAUCUGGUGUCAACUGUGUAUACACAGGACCAGCACUUGCAUAACUUUUUUCAGUACUGUCAGAAAACAGAAUCUGGAGCUCGUGCACUAGGAACUGAUCUUGUAAAGUAUCUUAAGAGCCUUCAUGCUAUGGAAGGCCAUGUGAUGAUAGCUUUCCUGCCAACUGUUCUCAACCAGUUGUUUAGAGUUCUCACUAGAGCAACUCAAGAGGAAGUGGCAGUCAAUGUGACAAGGUAAAGAAUUUUAAGGUUAUUCCAUAUUGUUGCUCAGUGUCAUGAAGAAGGCUUAGAUAGCUACCUGAGAUCUUAUGUCAAGUAUGCUUAUAAAGCUGAACCCUAUGUUGCUUCUGAAUAUAAGACAGUACAUGAAGAAUUGACAAAGUCCAUGACAACAAUUUUAAAGCCAUCUGCUGACUUUCUUACAAGCAACAAGCUACUUAAGUAUUCAUGGUUUUUCUUUGAAGUUCUGAUAAAAUCAAUGGCUCAACAUUUGAUAGAAAACUCUAAAGUGAAGCUGUUGCGAAACCAGAGAUUUUCUGCUUCCUUUCAUCAUGCAGUUGAAACAGUUGUUAAUAUGUUAAUGCCACACAUCACUCAGAAGUACAGAGACAAUCCAGAGGCUUCAAAAAAUGCAAACCAUAGCCUUGCUGCCUUUAUAAAAAGGUGUUUCACUUUUAUGGAUAGAGGCUUUGUUUUCAAGCAAAUCAAUAACUACAUCAGCUGCUUUGCCCCAGGAGAUCCGAAGACUCUUUUCGAAUUCAAAUUUGAAUUUCUUCGUGUAGUCUGCAACCAUGAGCACUACAUACCUUUGAAUCUACCAAUGCCAUUUGGAAAAGGCAGAGUUCAGAGAUACCAAGACCUUCAGCUGGAUUAUUCAUUAACUGAUGAAUUCUGUAAAAAUCACUUCUUAGUUGGACUGCUUUUAAGGGAAGUGGGCAAUGCCUUACAGGAGUUCAGAGAUGUUCGGCAGAUUGCUAUCAGUGUGCUCAAGAAUUUGAUGAUAAAACAUUCUUUCGAUGAUAGAUAUGCUUCCAGGGGUCAUCAAGCAAGAAUAGCCACUAUGUAUUUGCCACUCUUUGGACUGCUUAUAGAAAAUGUUCAGCGAAUCAAUGUUAAAGAUGUGUCUCCAUUUCCUGUUAACCCUUCCAGCAAUAGCGCAAAGGAUGAUGCACAGAUUUUGCCAACUGCAAGUCAGUUAGUAACACCACAAAAAUCAGGAAGCACGUUGGAUAACAAUCUUCCUAAAGAUCUCUUUGGUGUUAUCUCUGGCAUCGCUUCCCCAUACACCACAUCUACUCCAAAUAUUAAUAGUGUGAGGAAUGCUGACUCAAGAGGAUCUCUUAUAAGUACAGACUCAGGAAACAGUCUCCCAGAAAGACAAAGUGACAAGAGCAAUUCUCUUGACAAGAACCAACAGAGCAGCACUUUAGGAAGUUCUGUUGUUCGAUACGACAAACUUGAUCAAGCAGAGAUCAAAAGUCUGCUCAUGUGUUUCCUUCACAUUUUAAGAAGCAUGUCAGAUGAUGCAUUGUUUACAUAUUGGAACAAGGCUAAGUCUGAACUCAUGGACUUUUUCACGAUUACAGAAGUAUGCUUACAUCAGUUCCAGUACAUGGGAAAACGAUACAUAGCCAGAACAGGAAUGAUGCAUGCCAGAUUGCAGCAGCUGAGCACCUGGAAACUCUCUCACUUUAACCACAGCUAUGGCCAUUCAGAUGCAGAUGUCCUUCACCAGUCUUUACUUGAAGCAAAUGUUGCCACCGAAGUUUGCCUUACAAUUCUGGAUACUCUAUCAUUAUUCACAAUGGCUUUUAAGAAUCAGCUACUGACUGAUCAUGGGCAUAAUCCACUGAUGAAGAAAGUAUUUGAUGUAUACCUCUGCUUCCUUCAAAAGAAUCAGUCUGAAACAGCAUUGAAAAAUGUCUUCAUUGCUUUAAGGGCACUUAUUUAUAAGUUUCCUUCUACAUUUUAUGAAGGUAGAGCUGAUAUGUGUUCUGCACUGUGCUAUGAAAUUCUGAAGUAUUGUAAUUCCAAACUGAGUUCAAUUCGUACUGAAGCUUCACAGUUACUGUACUUUUUAAUGAGGAAUAAUUUUGACUACACAGGGAAGAAGUCUUUUGUUAGAACACAUCUGCAAGUUAUUAUUUCAGUAAGCCAGCUAAUUGCUGAUGUUGUUGGAAUUGGAGGAACUAGAUUCCAGCAGUCUCUUUCCAUCAUCAAUAAUUGUGCCAAUAACGACAGAAUUAUAAAGCACACUACAUUCCCAUCUGAUGUUAAGGAUUUAACAAAACGGAUUCGUACAGUACUGAUGGCUACAGCUCAGAUGAAGGAGCAUGAGAAUGAUCCAGAAAUGCUUGUAGACCUCCAGUACAGCUUGGCAAAAUCUUAUGCUAGUACACCUGAACUAAGGAAGACGUGGUUAGACAGCAUGGCAAGGAUCCACGUUAAAAAUGGAGAUCUUUCAGAGGCAGCAAUGUGCUAUGUCCAUGUAGCAGCACUGGUUGCAGAAUAUCUCACAAGAAAAGGGAUGUUUAGGCAAGGUUGUACUGCUUUCAGAGUAAUCACACCAAAUAUAGAUGAAGAGGCUUCGAUGAUGGAGGAUGUUGGAAUGCAAGAUGUUCACUUCAAUGAAGAUGUGCUGAUGGAAUUGUUGGAGCAGUGUGCUGAUGGACUCUGGAAGGCAGAACGCUAUGAACUCAUUGCUGAUAUUAAACUUAUAAUUCCCAUUUAUGAAAAACGGAGAGAUUUGAGGCUUGCUCAUUUAUAUGACACUCUUCAUCGAGCAUACAGUAAAGUUACAGAAGUUAUGCAUACAGGCAAGAGACUGCUGGGAACUUAUUUCAGGGUAGCAUUCUUUGGACAAGCAGCGCAAUACCAGUUUACAGACAGUGAAACAGAUGUUGAGGGUUUCUUUGAGGAUGAAGAUGGAAAGGAAUAUAUCUAUAAAGAGCCUAAACUCACACCUCUUUCAGAAAUUUCUCAAAGACUCCAAAAACUCUACUCCGACAAAUUUGGAUCUGAAAAUGUCAAAAUGAUUCAGGAUUCUGGAAAAGUAAAUCCUAAAGAUUUAGAUUCGAAAUAUGCAUAUAUUCAAGUUACGCAUGUAAUUCCAUACUUUGAAGAAAAGAGUUGCAAGAAAGAAAAACAUUUUGAAAGGACUCAUAACAUUCGUCGCUUUAUGUUUGAGAUGCCUUUUACUCAAGCUGGUAAAAGACAAGGAGGAGUAGAAGAGCAGUGUAAGCGACGGACUAUUUUGACAGCUAUACAUUGUUUCCCAUAUGUGAAAAAGCGCAUUCCAGUAAUGUACCAGCACCAUACUGAUCUAAACCCAAUUGAAGUAGCCAUUGAUGAAAUGAGUAAAAAAGUUGCAGAACUCAGACAGCUUUGCUCUUCAACUGAAGUAGAUAUGAUCAAAUUGCAGCUGAAGCUACAGGGAAGUGUCAGUGUUCAGGUUAAUGCUGUCCCAUUAGCAUAUGCAGAUGCUUUCUUAGAUGACACAACCAAAAGAUAUCCAGACCAUAAAGUAAAGCUACUAAAGGAAGUUUUAGGUAUGGCAUUUGUUGAAGCCUGUGCCAUGCUCUGGGUGUAAAUGAACGCUUAUAAGGAAGACCGUUGGAGAUAUCAAGAAGAAAUGAAGGCCAACUACAGAGAAAUGGCAAAAGAGCUUUCUGAAAUAAUGCAUGAACAAAUUACUCCGGUUGAAGAAAAGGCCAGUGUCAUGCCUAACUCACUACACAUUUUCAACGCCAUAAGUGGAACUCCAACAAGCACAGUUCAUGGGAUGCCCAGUUCUUCUUCAGUUGCAUGACUGUUUUGUAAAGGAAGUAUGUUCGUUUCUUCGAAAUUUGUGGAUUGGCUUCAUUGUGUGCAAACUCAGGAUGAUCUUGAAGCUAAAUGUUGGGCACGUGCAAGCUGCAUAAUUCAUAUGAAUGUUUGAGCACACUUAGCAAUAGCAGUUACUGGUAAUAGUCUUUUAGAAUAAGGGAGGUGCACAUAUAUUUUUAAUGUUGCUGGUAAAUUUAGAAGUGUUCACAAUGUCAUUGCAGAAGUGCGUGUUGGAAAAUUAUAAAGUUGAAGCUAGCUUCUGUUGUUCAUUAGAAAGUAUUAUUAAAAUGAAUUGCACAUUACAAAAAGUGUGUGGGAUGUAAUUUUGCAGAUAUGUACAUUCAGGUGUUCUUUUUGUGUAUGGCACAUAGAGAUUCCUAAUACAAGAACUAUUUGGGGCUUGACAGAGACCUAGUUUUUGGGGUUAAUGGAACUGACAAUAGUAGUUUUGUACCAUUUGGCAAAUUGUUGUGCUUUAAUUUUAUACCUUGUUGCAUUUUGGAGGUAUGUGAGCUUAAGUCUUACUAAACAACUAAAUACAACCAAAGGUCUGUAUUAAUGAACACUGAAUUAUACUACAGUAUCAAUAGUAGUAAAUUGUUAUGUACAUAUUGUUUGUUAUACAGUCCAUACAGUCCUGUACAUAAAUGUAUUACAUGUUCUAAUCAUUUUUUAAUAUUCAUAACCAGCCCUUACCAUUCUGUUUUCAGUUUAUUUGGAAAUCUGCUCAUUCUAAGUAUAUGCAGACUUUACAGUUCAUUUAUUCCUGGUAUAUAAAUAAGUGCAAUAUAAAGAUGUAUACAGUCUUGCUAUGUUAGGUUAUAUGCAGUUAUUAAAAGAAAAAAACCUUUUUGCCAAAGCAAUGGAGUAUGUAAUUGGUAAUCAUGGUUACUGUGGUAAUGGUGGUAUUAUUUAAAGCUUUUUCCAUAUUCUUAGUCUUUUAAGACAUUAAUUUAGUAAUUUUAUAUUGGGGGAAAUAAAGGUUUUUAAUUUUAUUUAACUGGAAGCACUGUUCUGCUGUAUUAAACAUUCUGUAUUACAUCUAUAUUAAAGGGAAAAGGUAGUUACUUUUC